UCUUCUCUAUUUCCAAUACUUCAUGUCUGGGCUAUCACAUUUGCUUUUGACAACUGCCGAUAGAAAGCUUUAUGAAAGUACCAUCGAGUUCUAUAAAGCUCUUGGCUUCGAGCCUCUCACUCACAGUGAUAGUCAAAUUUAUUUGAAGUUGACUGCAAAGGCCCCCGCCCAAGAUCUUACUAUCAAAGUCAAGUUGGUAGGCGAUCGGGCUGUCGAUACACUAGAGAAGAAUACAGCAACCAUUGUGAUUGCGUCUGAUAACCUCGAGACCGUUGCAUCCAUUAUCCAAGGCAGACAUAUGGAUUUCAAGAAGGAGAAGGAGUCUUAUGGAGGAUUUGUGAUUAAGACCAAGGAUCCUUUGGGCAAUGCCCUAGAGUUUACAGACGAAGAUUUUCGCGUCAAGAUCACCCCGGACCCCAAUUUGCCCAUCGAUGCAUCCAACAAGCGUAAGAUUGCUGUUUUGACGUCAGGUGGAGAUUCAGCUGGUAUGAAUGCUGCUGUAAGAGCAGUUGUACGCGCUGGUAUUGCACGUGGCUGCGACGUAUUUGCUGUUUACGAAGGUUACCAAGGUCUUGUUGAUGGAGGUAAUCUGAUUAAGAAGAUGUCUUGGAACGAUGUUCGUGGGUUCCUUGAAGUGGGCGGCACAUCAAUCGGAACAGCAAGAUGUAUGCCUUUUAAGCAAAGACCUGGUCGUCUCCAAGCAGCUGAGCACUUGGUCUCCCGCGGUAUUGAUUCUAUCGUGGUGUGUGGUGGUGACGGCUCCUUGACUGGCGCUGAUGUGUUCAGAUCUGAGUGGCCUGGAUUGCUAGAUGAACUGUUGGCAAACAAGCGUAUCACUGAAGAGCAACAUAAGAGUCAUCGCUAUCUGACAAUUGUUGGUCUUGUCGGCUCUAUUGAUAACGACAUGUCCAGCACUGACAUCACGAUCGGUGCCUAUACCAGUUUGGCUCGUAUUUGCGAAAGCGUAGACUCCAUCGCCAGUACUGCCAUCAGUCACUCUCGCGCUUUCGUCGUCGAGGUCAUGGGAAGACAUUGUGGUUGGCUCGCCUUGAUGGCUGCUAUCAGCACCGGUGCCGAUUUUGUCUUCUUGCCUGAGAAGCCUCCGUCCGAUGAUGACUGGCAAACUGCCAUGUGCGACCGAUUGACCAGAAGAAGAGCUCUUGGAAAGCGUAACACACUGGUUAUCGUCGCAGAAGGUGCAUUGGAUAAGAACCUAAACCCCAUUAAGCCUGAGCAGAUCAAGGAUAUUUUGUCCGAUAGAAUGGGACUUGAUACCCGUGUCACUACCCUUGGACACGUUCAAAGAGGUGGAUCCCCUGUUGCAUAUGAUAGAUAUUUGGCCACUGUACAAGGUGUGGAAGCUGUUGAGGCUGUUUUGCGUGCCACUCCCGAGACUCCUUCUCCCAUGAUUGGCAUGUCGCAAAACAAGGUUACUUGGAGACCAUUGAUGAAGGCAGUUGAACUGACGCACGCAGUCGCAACUGCUAUUGGCAAUAAGGAUUUUGAGAAAGCCACCGAGCUGCGAGACUCUGAAUUCAAGCUCGAUUAUGAGGCCUACAAAGCGACCACUGUGGUUGAUGACCCUAGAAUGAAGGUCGAAGCUCACCAAAAGCUCCGUGUAGGUAUCAUCCAUGUCGGUGCUCCCGCCGGUGGAAUGAAUGCUGCAACCAGAACUGCUGUUUUGUACUGUUUAAACCGUGGUCAUACCCCCGUCGGUAUUUUCAAUGGUUUCCCUGGUCUGUUCCAAGGAGCUGUUCAAGAGCUCGACUGGCUUACUGUUGAUCAAUGGUCGUCUCGUGGAGGUUCUGAGCUUGGUACUAACCGUAGCCAACCUGAUGCUGAUUUCGGCAUGACCGCACACAGCUUGCAAAAACAUAAGAUUGAUGCUUUGCUUAUGGUGGGAGGUUUCGAGGCAUUCACUGCUCUUAUGCAAUUGGAUAACAACAGAGACAAAUACCCCAUGUUCCGAAUUCCCAUGGUGCAUCUUCCCGCUACUAUUUCCAACAACGUUCCAGGAACCGAUUUCUCCUUGGGAAGUGACACUGGUCUUAAUGCCAUUGUUAACGCAUGUGACGCCUUGGUGCAGAGCGCCAGUGCCUCAAGAAGACGUGUAUUUGUUGUCGAAGUACAGGGUGGCCGUACUGGUUACUUGGCUGUCAUGGCUGGUCUUGCCACCGGUGCCACCACUGUGUAUAUCCCUGAGGAAGGUAUCACCCUCGAUAGAUUGCAGCGUGAUGUCAAGGAUCUUGUCCGACUUUACAGAGAGGAUGACCCCAACCACAGUGAAGGACGAAUCAUCUUGAGAAACGAGAAAGUGUCCAAGACUUAUAGCACAGAUGUCAUUUCAGAGAUCAUCAAAACCGAGGGCAACGAAUUGUUUGACUCUCGUACUGCUGUCCUUGGCCACACUCAGCAAGGUGGUACUCCAUCCCCUAUGGAUCGUAUCCGUGCUAGUCGUCUUGCCGUCAAAUGUAUUCAAUUUAUUGAACAACAAGCAUUCCCUGCGCUGGAUGCAGCACAUGCUAAAGGCGCUUCUCGUCCUGUCGAUAUCAUCAACACUCCUGAAUCUGCCUGUGUAAUUGGCAUUGUUGGUACCGAUGUUUUGUUCAGCCCUGUCAAAUCAUUACUGGGCGAAACUGAUAUGAAGGAACGUAAGAGCAGCAAAGCAUGGUGGAUGCCCAUGACCGGGUUGAUUCAUCUUCUAUCUAUUCAAGAUUCGAAAGAAAGAGCCUCUAUGGUCUUGGACAACCUUGAGCGUGAGGUAGACCUUUAGACGAAACAUUAUAGAACAUUGAUUUUUACAUAAAUUGGACACAUUAUAUUUAUCCACUACCUAAUGAAAGAGGGUUAAGCGAAGUUAGUGGGACGCAUGAGGUAGCUGAUGUGGUAAUAAUGGCAGUCUGAAAUUGAAUGAAAA